AUGGCUCCUCCGGCCCCUCUCCGCGGAGGCCUGUCACCUGCCCAGUGGGGGGGCGAGGGGGCGCCUCAAUCUGAGGAGGGCUCAGAGGUAGAGUCUGAGCCGGACCUGCCGCUGAAGAGGAAGCAGCGCCGGAGUCGGACCACGUUCACCGCGGAACAGCUGGAGGAGCUGGAGAGAGCCUUCGAACGCACCCACUACCCAGACAUCUACACCAGAGAGGAGCUAGCACAGAGGGCCAAGCUGACCGAGGCCCGCGUCCAGGUGUGGUUCAGUAACCGGAGAGCGCGCUGGAGGAAGCAGGCGGGAGCCAAUCAGCUGAUGGCGUUUAACCACCUGAUCCCCGGCGGCUUCCCUCCCUCCGCCAUGUCCAGUCUGCAGCCCUACCAGCUCUCUGAGACGCCCUACGCCCCCUCCUCCAUCGCACAGGAGGCCCCCAGCACAGUGCACCGGCCCCAGCCUCUGCCUCCCUCGUCCGGACACCAGAGCUCCAGCGGGACCCAGGGUGAGGGCACCGCGGCCUACUGCCUGGCCCCGGGACGGCACUCCUUCUCUGGUUACGCUGACAGCUUUGUGAGCCCUGGAGGACCGGCCAACGCCAUCAACCCGGCUCUCAGCAACGGACUCUCUCAACAGGUGAUGGGAUUACUGAACCACGGAGGAGUCCCCCACCAGCCUCAGAGCGACUACGCCAUCUCCCCGCUCACUGGCGCCCUGGAGCCCUCUGCUGGUGUGACGUCAAACUGCAGCCAGCGUCUGGAGCAGCUGAAGGGUCUGGAGGGUCUGAGCAGUGUCCCCACCAUGGCUGCCCUACCCUCCCUGCCCAGCGCACAGUCCUACCACCCCCCCAACCCCUACACCUCCUCCGGCCCCUACACUAUGGAGCACGUGGGGCACUACCAGUACAGCCAGUAUGCACAAAGUGCCCUUCCUUAUCUGAGGCCUGAGAUCACCUAA